AUGUGGAAAACAGCAUUCAAACAGUACUACCCCGCACUUAACAAGACCCUGUUUGGAGCCGGGUUAGAUCGGCUCCAGUGGGUGAAGACUACUACCAAAAUACCGAAAUACAUCGUCCUUCGCCAGCUGAUCCAGCAUUUCCAAUUUCCUCCUUCGCCUUCCAUUGUCGUCACUGCAAUAUGUGCGGUCAGCACGGUCGCCACAGCCUUAGACCCUCCGAAAACAUUCUUCAGUUUGUCUGUCAACCUGAAACAAGCCGCACGGGUAAUGCGAGCGGCUUUUGUUCAUUACAUACAAGUAUCUCUGUUCUUGAAAGCCUGUGAAACAUAUGUGUUUGCGGAGCAAAGAGUGGUAAAGUGUUCCGAACACCAACCAGGUAAUCGAGUCUUCAUUUAUUCAGAUUCACAGUGCAAAUUGCGGAAACAUGUGCAAACAACUGUGCAUAUGUCCAACGUUGAGCUCGUGUGUGCUGGUGUGAAAAAUGUUGUGACACGCAAUUCUGCAACCUUGAUAAUGGGACUGUUUAUCCAAAAUGGCGGGGGGAUGUAUAUGCACGCCCACGUAUGCGAGAAAUUUAAGUGCGUUGAAGAAACUCCAGACGAAUUUUGUAGCGUAUCUAGUUCCUGCAAGGAAUCACUGCUCAGA